AAAAGAGGAAGGAGAAGAGCCAAAGAAGGAAACGUCUCUGCGGAAUUUAUGUGAGGGGACACCUCCGUUGACGGCCGGCGUUCUGCCCAUCGCUUCCUUUGAAGGCUUCAAAUGUUUGAACGAGGAGAUAACCGAGAAGUGUCGGAAGGGUGUGAUCCGCCGACUCCCUCGCCUCCCGGCCCGUGCCUUGAUUGAUCUAUGCCUCUCUGUCUCCAUCCACAUUAUUUUUUGGAGGGCCCAGAAGAUUAGAAAACGAAUCUUGACUUGGCUUUUGCGUUCAAACUUAGGCGUUAAGAGAGAUGGAGAGCAGGGCAUUCUUCCUUCUCCGGGCGCAUGAGGGUUUUCCGAUGGCAUCCGUGGCUUGUAUUGGAUUUCUGAAGGUCGCAGCGGCGGUUCUCCUUCUGGCAGCGUCCGUUUCGUCGAGUCUGUCGCCUGACUUCUACAGCAAGACCUGCCCUUCGGCGCUCCCGGUCAUCAGGCAGGUGGUGGAGGACGCCGUGAGGAAGGAGCCGAGGAUGGGGGCCUCGCUACUGCGCCUUCAUUUCCAUGAUUGCUUCGUGAAUGGGUGUGACGGUUCGGUCCUUCUGGAUGACACUGCGAACUUCACCGGCGAGAAGACGGCAGGGCCCAACGUCGACUCCGCCAGAGGGUUUGACGUGAUCGACAACAUCAAGGCGGCGGUCAACAAUGCCUGUGGAGCUGCCGUCGUCUCCUGCGCCGACAUCUUGGCCGUCGCUGCUCGCGACUCCGUCGUUGCGCUUGGAGGACCAACAUGGGAUGUACAGUUGGGGAGACGAGAUGCAAGAAAUGCAAGCAAGGACGACGCGAACACGCAGAUACCCGGACCCUUCUCCAACCUCACCACCCUCCUCUACAGCUUCCAGACGAGGGGCAUGAACCUAACCGACCUCGUUGUGUUGUCCGCCGCACACACCAUCGGCCAAGCUCGGUGCAUCGUCUUCAGAAGGCGCAUCUAUAACGAGUACAACAUCGACUUCAACUUCGCUCGCUCGCUUCAGCCGUCCUGCCCUUCCACCGCCGGCGACGGCGACAGCAACCUUGCUCCUUUAGACCAUCUGAGCCCCAACCAAUUUGGGUUCAACUAUUUCAUGAAUCUGCUGAUGCAGAGGGGGCUGCUGCACUCGGAUCAGGAGCUGUACAACGGCGGACCGGCCGACAACAUCACCAAGCACUAUGCCCUUAACCCCACCGACUUCUAUCGGGACUUUGCCACCUCCAUGUUGAAGAUGCAAAGCGUAAGCGUGCUCACUGGCAACCAGGGAGAGGUGAGGUUGGACUGCAGGAAAGUGAACUCAUAGUCGGCGCUAACCGGAGAAGGCCCCCGUCUGUAUAUAUUUUACUUUUGACCGGCCGGCCGGCCGGCCGGGGUGUCUGCUACGCCGGCGAACUUACCCAAUUCAAUUGAAGCAGCCCGUGUGUUCUUAGAGAUGAUGGUGUACCUGUAGAUCUUCAUCUCCACCGCCCUUGAGACACAUGGUGUUCAGUAAACAUAAAAACUCGAGUUUCAAUUGUUCCAGCUCGAGUAAAUCUCAGAAUGAAUGGGGAAAAAUUUUGUGCGCAACUUUUAUUUGCGUAGCUCCAAUCUUUUUGGCGCGUGGCAACUAAUGAUUGGAUGUGCUGUGUUUAAAACUGACGUGUCAUGUUGUCAUUGGUCAAUAUGUGCUUGACUUUUCCACUCGUGCAUGAUUGACAUCAGAGCUGAGUUGGGUCGGGUUUUUUUUUUUUUUUUAAGUGUUUGUUGAAAUUAGUUGGGACUGAUGAUCAAGAUCUUGUCCGGACUUGGGCAAGUUGUUCUUCCGAGGAUCACGUACCGG